AUGAAUCCCGCCGCCGCAAUCUCCUCGACUGCUAUUAAUAUACCCCAGCGCCGCCCUGUGUCUCCUGGUCCUAUGCACUCAGAUUUCAUCCGGCAACAAGUCGCGAAGCAAUCUUCCAACAAUUACCACUCGUCCUCCCUCAAGAUGAUUACUCAAUCCGUCAACAGAACUGCUCUGCACCCCGGUGGUGUCCAACCGGGCAAGAGCCACACUGAACUCGAGGAAGAACUCCACGAAACCGCCCACAUUGACUAUGACCGCGUUGCCAUUGUUGCCAACCCCUCCGUUGCUGCCCUCUACGAAGAUGCCCUUGUCUACGAAACCGGUACUGCCAUCACAUCGAGCGGUGCGCUCACUGCAUACUCUGGUGCCAAAACUGGCCGUUCCCCGUCCGACAAGCGUAUUGUCCAAGAAUCGACGUCCGAGAACGAUAUCUGGUGGGGACCCGUCAACAAACCCAUGACCCCUGAGGUCUGGCGAAUCAACCGAGAGCGCGCAGUCGACUAUCUCAACACCCGCAAUCGUAUCUACGUCGUCGAUGGCUUUGCCGGCUGGGACGAGCGCUACCGCAUCAACGUCCGUGUCGUCUGCGCUCGUGCCUACCAUGCCCUCUUCAUGCGCAACAUGCUCAUCCGCCCUUCGCGCGAGGAGCUCGAGCACUUCCACCCUCACUAUGUCAUCUACAACGCUGGAUCCUUCCCUGCCAACCGCUUCACAGAGGGUAUGACCUCGGCCACCUCGGUGGCUAUCAACUUCGCCGAGAAGGAGAUGGUCAUUUUGGGUACCGAAUAUGCCGGUGAAAUGAAGAAGGGUGUCUUCACUGUCCUCUUCUACGAAAUGCCUGUCAAGCACAACGUCCUGACCCUGCACUCUUCGGCCAACGAGGGCGAGAACGGCGAUGUCACUGUCUUCUUCGGUCUUUCGGGCACUGGCAAGACGACUCUCUCUGCUGACCCCAAGCGUGCUCUUAUCGGUGAUGACGAGCACUGCUGGUCCGACAAGGGUGUCUUCAACAUUGAGGGUGGAUGCUACGCCAAGUGCAUUGGCUUGUCUGCUGAGAAGGAACCCGAUAUUUUCAACGCCAUCAGGUUCGGCUCUGUUUUGGAGAAUGUUGUCUUUGACCCAACUACCCGUGUUGUCGACUACGAUGACUCGACCCUGACCGAGAACACUCGCUGCGCUUACCCCAUCGACUACAUCGAAAACGCAAAGAUCCCAUGUAUCUCCCAGAAUCACCCAACCAACAUCAUCCUGUUGACUUGCGACGCUCGUGGUGUCCUACCCCCCAUUUCCAAGCUCACCACGGAGCAGACCAUGUUCCACUUCAUUUCCGGUUACACCUCCAAGAUGGCUGGUACUGAGGAUGGUGUCACCGAGCCCCAAGCUACAUUCUCGUCCUGCUUCGCCCAACCUUUCCUGGCCCUCCACCCGAUGCGCUACGCGACCAUGCUUGCCGAAAAGAUCUCCCAGCACAAGGUCAACGCCUGGUUGCUCAACACCGGCUGGGUCGGUGCUGGCGCCACCACUGGCGGCAAGCGUUGCCCACUGAAGUACACUCGUGCCAUCUUGGACGCCAUCCACAGCGGAGAGCUCGCCCAGGUGGAAUACGAGACCUACCCGAUCUUCAACCUCAACGUUCCCAAGACGUGCCCUGGUGUUCCGGCCGAGCUGCUCAACCCCCAGAACAGCUGGACCGCCUCGGUGCCGUUCUCGGAUGAGGUCAACAAACUUGCCAAACUUUUCAACAGCAACUUUGAAAAAUACGCCGACCAGGCCACACCAGAGGUCAUUGCCGCUGGCCCUGUCGAGCAAACAGUUUGA